CGGGCAGCGCCGAGCGCCGAGCGCCGCCGGGGGAGGGAGCUGCUGCGCGGGCCGGCAGGAUUUCUGACCCUGGGCCGGACGCGCUGUCCCGGAUGGAGCGAGGGGCAGAGCUGGGGGUCCCAGGUGCCCAGGGCGCUCAGGAGACCCCGAGAGACGCCCACACAGGCGAUGGGCCGGCCAGCGAGGCCGAGGAGGGGGAUCCCCAGCCGGAAGGGCACGAGCGAGCAGGGCCACACAGGAUGGUACCGGGACGACACCAGGAGAGUGAUCUGCCCAGCCCAGGUGCCUGCGAGCACCAGCGGGAAAACCCUGCUGGGGAGAGAGACGCAGACCCGGCUCCCCGUGGGGCAGGCGACGAGGGGCUGAAUGAAUCCACGAUCCGGGCGGCGGGGACGCCCCACAGCUCUGUCCCAGCUCCCCGUGGGACUGGCGAAGGGCUGAACGAAUCCACGAUCCAGGCGGUGGGGAUGCCCCACAGCUCUGCCCUGGCACUGAACGAAUCCAUGAUCCGGCCAGUGGGAUCACCCUGCAGCUCUGCCCCGGUGCUGAACGAAUCCACAAUCCGGCCGGUGGGGACGCCCCACAGCUCUGUCCCGGCGCUGAACGAAUCCACGAUCCGGCUGGCGGGGACGCCCCACAGCUCUGUCCUGGCUCCCCGCGAGGCCGGCGAGGCGCUGAACGAAUCCACGGUCCGGCUGGCGGGGACACCCCGCAGCUCUGCCCCGGUGCUGAACGAAUCCACGAUCCGGCCGGCGGGGUCACCCUGCAGCUCUGCCCCGGUGCUGAACGAAUCCACGGUCCGGCCGGCGGGGACGCCCCACAGCUCUGUCCUGGCUCCCUUCGGGGCCGGCGAGGCGCUGAACGAAUCCACGGUCCGGCCAGCGGGGACGCCCCACAGCUCUGCCCCAGCGCCCCAGCCGGGGAUCGGCGCCCCAGCGAGAGCUGUCAGGACCCCGGCCCCCAGGCGGCAGUACGCCUGCCCCGAGUGCGGCCGGGCCUUCGGGCAGAGCUCCCACCUGACGCAGCACCUGCGGAUCCACACGGGCGAGCGGCCCUACGUCUGCCCCGACUGCGGCCGGGCCUUCAGCGCCAGCUCCAACUUCCUGGCGCACCGGCGCACGCACACGGGCGAGAAGCCCUACGACUGCUGCGUGUGUGGGCGCAGCUUCCGUGCCAGCUCCACCCUGCAGCGGCACCGGCGCCUGCACACGGGCGAGCGCCCCUACCGCUGCGGGCACUGCGGCCGCGCCUUCUCCCAGAGCUCCUCGCUGGCCAAGCACCGGCGCCUGCACACAGGCGAGCGCCCCUACCGCUGCGGCCACUGCGGGGAGGCCUUCGCCGUGCAGUCGGGGCUGGCUGCCCACCGCAGCCGGCACACGGGCGAGCGCCCCUUCGCCUGCCCCGACUGCAGCAAGCACUUCCGGCGCAGCUCCGACCUGGUGCAGCACCAGCGUGCCCACACCGGGGAGCGGCCCUUCCGCUGCGGCCACUGCGGUGCCGGCUUCAGCCUGGCCUCCACCCUGCUCAACCACCAGCGUGGCCACACCGGGGAGCGGCCCUACCGCUGCCAGCGCUGCGGGGCCAGCUUCGCCCGCAGCUCCACCCUGGCGCGCCACCGGCGGGGCCACGGGCCCGAGGGCGCCAGGCGGCAGGAGGCAGAGCCCGCCCCCCAGCCGGGCCCCCUGAAUCAGGGCUCCUGUCCUCUGCCCCAGCCGGGCCCCCUGGGUCACAGCUCAGAGCCCCUCUCUGGCCAGGGCACCCUCACCCAGCCGGGCCCCCUGGGUCACAGCUCAGCUCCUGUCACCCUGCAGCCCCCCACGGGGCAUGGGUCAGCUCCUGCCCCACAGCAGCCCCCCAUGGAUCAUGGGUCAGCUCCUGUCCCCCAGGAGCCCCCCAUGGGUCACAGGUCAGAUCCUGCCCCCCAGCACCCCCCCAUGGGUCAUGGGUCAGAUCCUGCCCCCCAGGAGCCCCCCAUGGGUCACAGCUCAGCUCCUGCCCCCCAGGAGCCCCCCACGGGUCACAGGUCAGAUCCUGCCCCACAGCAGAACCCCCUGAGUCACAGCUCAGCUCCUGCCCCCCAGGAGCCCCCCAUGGGUCACAGGUCAGAUCCUGCCCCGCAGCAGACCCCCCUGAGUCAGGGCACCAUAGAUCAUGGCCCGGGCCACCAGCCUGGCACUGUGGAUCAUGGGUCAGAGCCUGCCCCCCAGCAGAGCCCCCCGGCUCAGCCCCCCGCCCCCCAGCCGGGCGAGCGCCCCUACCCGUGCCUGGUGUGUGGGAAGCGGUUCUCCCGCAGCUCCAACCUGGUGGCCCACCAGCGGAUCCAUGCGGGCGACAAGCCGUUCCGCUGCCCGGAGUGCGGGCGGGGCUUCCUGCGGGGCUCCAACCUGCGGACGCACCGGCGCCUGCACACGGGCGAGCGCCCCUACCCCUGCCCCGAGUGCGGCAAGCGCUUCGGCGACACCUCCGUGCUGGUCAAGCACCAGCGCAUCCACACAGGCGAGCGCCCGCACCGCUGCCCCGACUGCCCCCGCCGCUUCAGCCAGGCCUCGGACCUGGUGGCCCACCGGCGGGUGCACACGGGCGAGAAGCCCUACGUCUGCGCCGAGUGUGGGCGCGGCUUCAGCCGCAGCUCCAACUUGCUGACACACCAGCGGCUGCACCGCGGCGAGCGCCCCUACCCCUGCCCCCAAUGCGGCAAGAGCUUCGGCCAGAGCUCGGACCUGCUGCAGCACCAGCGCAGCCACACCGGCGAGCGGCCCUUCGCCUGCGCCCAGUGUGGCAAAGCCUUCAGCAAGGGCUCCACCCUCACCGGGCACCAGCGCAUCCACACGGGCGAGCGGCCCUUCGCCUGCCCCGCCUGCGGCAAGCGUUUCCGGCACAGCUCCCACCUGACGGCCCACCUGCGGGUGCACGCCCGGGAGCGGCCGCUGUGAGUCGGAGCCCUGGCCUGCCCCCCGGCUCUGCCCCCAGC